UGAUUAGUUGAGGAGAAUUAGGGGCCGUACCAGAAUGUGAUCUCAUCAUUUAUAAGCAUCUUGAAAAUGUAUAUCAUAUCUCUGCAGUUUAUGGUGUGAGAAGUUGCAACCAACUACGAAAUCGGCCGGUCAUGGAGGUCAAUGGGUGCGAUGAACAUCAGAAUUAUGAAAUACUUGCAGAGAUAGGCGAAGGCGCAUAUGGCAAAGUGUACAAGGCCAGAGAGGUCCGCGAUCAACAGCGACUCGUAGCGGUGAAGAAGUUGAACAUACCCGGGCACACAGAGAGUGGGAUUCCUGCUUUCAUGAUCCGAGAGGUGGCGCUCUUGCGUAAGAUCGGGUAUUUCAACCAUCCCAACAUUGUAAAGUUGUUGGACGUAUCUGCUGGUCUGAAGAACAGGAGUUUGGACCUGACGCUGGUGUUUGAGUACAUCGACCAAGACCUGUCUACCUUCCUCACCACGGUCCCCAGCACUGGACUGAGUCUUGACAAAAUUAAGGAUGUGAUGGUGCAGCUGCUGCAGGGGCUGGACUUCCUGCACACCAACAUGCUGGUGCACCGGGACCUGAAGCCGGAGAAUGUACUGGUUAGUAGCCGUGGAGAGGUGAAGAUCGCUGACUUUGGGCUGGCGCGCAUCUACACCUAUCACAUCGCCCUUACACCCUGUGUGGUGACACUGUGGUACAGGGCCCCCGAGGUGCUGCUCCACUCUGGUUACAUGUCGUCCGUGGACAUGUGGAGCGCUGGCUGCAUUUUUGCCGAACUGUUCCUUUUGAGACCGUUGUUCCGUGGAUACACUGAGGCUCAGCAGCUCCAGAAAAUCUUUGAGGUGAUUGGCUUGCCCAGCGAGGACGACUGGCCCAGGGAGAGCCCCAUCUCAUACUCCCGUAGCUGGUGCCCCAGAGACCCCUGCACCCAGCUCUUAUCCAACCUGGGCCAGGAGGAGAACAACCUGCUCCUUCAAUGUCUAGAGUUCAGCCCGACCAAUCGCAUCUCAGCUUCCAGAGCCCUCUCCCACCCUUUCCUCGUGUGCGCCUGAGGCCUCAUAACCUGGCAGGAUGUGGAGAGGAGGGAGGAGAGCUGGGACAGAGGUUCAUUUCCCUUGGAAUCCUUUUACCUAGCCUAUAGAACAC